CUUUACUCAAAUAUUCAAACUUACAUAGCGAACUUUUAAAUAUUUUGAGCUCUUGGAUAUCAAACACAGAGCAAUGUCAACGUCUUCUCACUCGUACCCGAUGAGCAGCGGUGACGAUCAACACAGUUAUAUCUAUAAUUCUUCAUAUCAAAAAGCAUGUAUAGAUGGCAAUGAAGAAAAAACAAGGCGAUACAUCUUGGAAAAAUUUGAUCUCUUGAAUUUAAAUUCUGAUCUUAAUACUUUAAACAUUGCUGAUUUUGGUUGUUCUAUUGGACCUAACACGUUUCAUGCUGUUCAAUAUAUCAUUGACGGUGUGAAAAGUACCCAUGAAAAUCGUCUUGUCCCUCUUGAGUUCCAAGUAUUCUUCAAUGAUCAGCCGAACAAUGACUUCAACACACUCUUUAGAACCCAACCUGCUUCCUCUAAAGGAGAAUAUUUCUCGUUCGGUGUUCCAGGCUCCUUCCAUGGCCGAGUGUUACCAAGAAACAGCAUCCACAUCGGUCAUACUUCCUACGCGACUCACUGGCUUUCAGAAAUUCCUGAACAUGUAUGUGACAAGAAAUCUCCGGCUUGGAACAACUAUUACAUCCAUUGUAAUAAUUUAAUAGAAGAUGUGACAAAAGCUUACAAGGUCCAGUUCACAAAAGACAUGAGGGUUUUUCUUGAAGCUAGAGCCGAAGAAAUUGUUCCAGAAGGAUUGAUGAUUAUUUUAGGACAAUGUUUGCCUGAUGGUGUCCCCCAUUCUGAGACAUGGCAGGGUGUGGUGGUAGACAUGAUCGGUGAUUGUCUUAUGGAUAUGGCUAAAUUGGGUGUAACAACUGUGGAAGCGAUUGAGCUGUUCAGCAUUCCCGUGUAUUUUCCGCAGUUUAGUGAACUAGAGAGAGAGAUUGAGCAAUAUAGAAGCUUCACUUUGGAGAUGAUGGAGAUUAUAAGUCAUCCAUUGGAGGAUAUUCCAUUAUCCAACGAGUUCAUGACUUCCAUGUUUAGAGCUAUUUUCUAUACGAUCAUUAAAGAACAUUUCGGUCAAGGUGUGGUCGAUGAGCUAUUUGAUCGUUUAGCUAAGAAGCUCACCAAGUAUCCUAUUGAUUUUAAAAAGUGUAAGAAACAUGUGAACUAUUUUAUGUUGCUUAAGCGAAAAUGAAUGACAUGAUAUCUACCUAAAGAGUAUUGUCAUAUCUCUGCUUUGUAACAUGAUAUUUGUCUUUUUCUCUUCCAGUAUUACUUGAAUAAUAAACAUCAAUCCUACUAAUUCUGAGACAUUCUUUA